CCGGCCAGCCCGCGCCCCGGACGAAGCCAUGAAGCCAGCCCUGUUCGAAGUGAUGAGGAUGAGCCGAAUUUGCAGGAUGGCUCUGGUCACUUGCUUGGGAUCCUUUAUUCUAGUCAUCUUCUAUUUCCAAAGUAUGUUGCAUCCAGUCAUGCGGAGGAAUCCCUUUGGAAUGGACAUCUGUUGUCGGAAGGGCUCCCGGAGCCCACUUCAGGAACUCUACAACCCAACUCAGCUGGAGCUCUCCAACACAGCCAUCCUGCACCAGAUGAGGCGGGACCAAGUCACAGACACAUGUCGGGCCAACAGCGUGACCAGCAGGAAAAGGCGCGUCCUGACCCCCAACGACCUCAAGCACUUGGUGGUGGAUGAGGACCACGAGCUGAUUUAUUGCUACGUGCCCAAAGUCGCUUGUACAAACUGGAAGAGGGUCAUGAUGGUCCUGACCGGGAGGGGGAAAUACAGCGACCCCAUGGAGAUCCCCGCCAAUGAAGCCCACGUCUCAGCCAACCUGAAGACCCUCAAUCAGUAUAGCAUCCCAGAAAUCAACCACCGCUUGAAAAACUACAUGAAGUUCCUGUUUGUCCGUGAGCCCUUUGAGAGGCUGGUGUCCGCCUACAGGAACAAAUUUACCCAGAAGUACAACACCUCCUUUCACAAGCGAUACGGCACCAAGAUUGUCAAGCGCCAGAGGAAGAAUGCCACCCAAGAGGCCCUGCGCAAAGGCGAUGAUGUGAAGUUCGAGGAGUUUGUCGCGUACCUCAUCGACCCGCUCACCCAGAGAGAGGAACCUUUCAACGAACACUGGCAAACGGUAUACUCCCUCUGCCAUCCCUGCCACAUCCAUUACGACCUCAUCGGCAAGUACGAGACUCUGGAAGACGAUUCCAAUUAUGUCCUCCAGCUGGCAGGAGUCGGCAGCUACCUAAAGUUCCCCACCUAUGCAAAGUCCACGAAAACUACUGAUGAAAUGACCACAGAGUUCUUUCAGAACAUCAGCAUGGAGCACCAAACGCAGCUCUAUGAUGUCUACAAACUGGAUUUUUUAAUGUUCAAUUACUCAGUGCCAAGCUACCUGAAACUAGAAUGAAGAGGGGAAAGAGAGAGAAUCAUGCCUGUUUUUAUUUAAGAUUUUUAUUUGUCAAGAUAAAUAUAUGGAUAUUGGGUUAUUUUGUAAAUUAAUAUUUCUUUGGGGAUAGUGCUGCGAGCAGCACAGUCUGAAUUAUUUAAAAAUCCUCCUGUAGGGAAGGACAGCUCUCUUUGCGGGGUAACAAGAUGGCGGUGUCCUUGUUCUAGAAAUGAGUACUGCAAACACUGUUUUCAAAGGUCUAAUUGUGUCCUGGUGAAUUUCAUUUAAUCGUGCAUUACAUAAAUUCUAAUUAGGGUUAUUUAUAGUUAUUUAAACAUGGUCUCUGGAUAGAUUUCACUUUAGAGGCAGCAGAAUCUUCACGUUUUGACAAAAGACGUCUGUUCUUCAUGGUUCCUUUGAUCCUAAGGGCUCAGCUCUGGGCACUAAGCAUUCUCUGUAUUAACCAUUAGCAGAAUCGAUAUGUACCAGCAAUUAUGACUUUUAUUGGUAACAGAAUUUUGCAAAUUUCAGUAGAAAUUAAAAUGUUGCUAGUGUACUCGGGAAAGAGGCAAUUACCCUCCCAACUCUGUAGAAGACAGAUUUGGAACGAGCUUUAGUCAACAUGGAGGGCCCUUGGCUUGAAUGAAAUGUGAAUAAUAUUUGUGACCCAAGGAGAGGGUGAUCAUGGCAUCGUCUGACCUGGAUGUAACAGGAUAGACUAGAACCUGGGUUUACAUCUAAGCUCUGGAAAAGGCUGACGUCUUAUCGGUACCUCUGCCCGCUGCUUGAUGUGAAUCAGUGGACUAACUACCCCAGCUGCACAGGUAUUCUUGUAGAUAAGGUUAAGACAUAGUCCAAACCACCAUGGCCUCUACACGUGUAACAACAAAGCAUUCCAGAAUCUUAACUCAUGUUGAAGUACUUCAUGACCCAUUUUCUCCUGGGCAUGAUCACUUCCUACUUCUUAUUCACAUACUCCUAAUUUUCACCAGUUCACAUGAUACUUGAGUGAUGUGUAAAACACGUCCCUUUCCGUAGCUGGGUGAUUGAGUUCGGUCGCCCAUGUUGAUUAUCCUGUAUAUAAUAAUAUACUAAGAGUUUGGGGUUGGUUGUGGGUUUGGUGAAUUUUUCUGUUGUUUGUUUUGUUUUGAGAGAGUAUAUAGUCAAGGGAUGAGAAGAUUGUUCUAAUUAAGAAAGGUUAAUUUAUUCACAGAAACUAUUAAAAAUGUAUUAUAAAACUCCCAGCCAGCUCAGCAAACAGGAGUAGCAACAGCUCAAAAUGUCGGACUUAUUUUUAUUUAAAGUUGAGUGAGCUAUCCACCUGAGAUGGAGGUUAAAAUGCUAUUUAUGAGACAUUAUGGAUCUUCUCCCAAGCUUUUGACUCCUGGAGAGAUGGCCCAGUAAAUAAAUUCUAGAAAAAGAGAAGAGGCCAGGGAUGGGAGAGAGCAUGAGAAAAAGUAUAUAUUUACUAGGCAUGUUAGCCUUGAGCUAUAAGCUGAUUAAAUAGACAAACCUAUGCUCCAGAAUCAAUCAGAAUUUCUUAAGCAUCUCUUCAGUGCAAAGCACUAGAAAUACAAAGACAAAAAUUUAAAAGCAGCCUUUAACCUCAAGGAGUUUGGAUUCUACUGAAUAGAGAAAGGGGAACAAAUACUUCCCAGCUUCUCAUGUUCCCAUAACAUAGCCUCGAUUGUCAGCCAAGACUGGAGAAUUGGAGAGUCUCUCCAUGAAUUGGGGGGGGGGGCUUUUCAGGGGGGAAGAAAGCAGGAAUUAUUAUUUUUAAAUAUAGUUUCAAUUCAGGCCCCCACAAUUUAAGUGGAUAUAAACUUUAAAAAGUACAAUGGCCCCAGAGUCUCACUACCUUUACAUACAAUCAUUUCCCCUAUCCUAAAAACGUUCGGAACUUGUGUAAGCAUCAGGAUAAUCGGGAAAUAGCCAGCGCAGGGCUGGGCUCAAGUCAAGAGGCUGUUGGUGGGCUAUCCGAGGGUCUAGGAGUGUUUAGCUUUUGUCAAUGUCCCAGUGGCUUGACUGCCCACCCAAGUCUUACUUGAAAGUCAUUGAUCUUGUGAGAGUUAUCUAAAUCCUGGGCAAGUUCCCAGCAUGACGCACCCCACCCCCCACCCACCCCCCAUCCUGCUUCAAUACCCUCACUGUGUAGUGAGUAGAGAUUUGCUGUUUUUGUUUGGCAUAGAGAAUGAAGUUCAUGUCUAUUCAUGAGUUUCCAGCUUCCCCAAGACACUCAUGAUUGGUUUUCUGUGAUUGCUCAGCGUUAAACCUGCUCCCUGGCUCAUCUGUCUCCUCUCUGUUUCCCUGGGUCAAGAGCCCCUUUUCAAGGAGAGAGCACCCCAGUACGUUUUUGAUGGGAAGGAAUCUUCCUGCUAGUGUUUUGUUUUACUUUUAACACAUUCUUUCCUUUUUUUUCUAAUAGUUUAAUUUGUUUGUGUGUGUGUGUGUGUGUGUGUGUGUAUUUGAUCUGAUUCUAUUGUGACAUGGAAAAAAAAUGUUUCCAUGUCUGUGGUUUAAAAAGUCGUUGGUGAGAAUUGUGAUUGGAAAAUCAGAUGGUUAUUUUGAAGGAAAAUGAACAGAAUGGGCUUUGGGGGGUUGAUUUUGAGGCUUUUCAAGUAUGUGCAUGUUUCUGAGACAAGGACAGGCAAGCCUUCCAUCCCCUGGUUGCAUUGCAGAAACCUUGCUCUGUUUUAACGAUGGAGGGAAUUCAAAAGAUGGCUCAUGGUGAACAUUCCCCAGUCCAACUCAUCAGCAUUCUCUGAUCAAAAAAUUAUUCUUCCUAUUGUCUAAUGCAUUUGAAUCCCUGCAGGGCAUACCCCCUCCCCACCGUCUCUUAGCCAUCCCAAUGAAUUUCAGAAAAAGGCAAAACCAACCAAACCGCAGCUUCCGAGGGGGCCAAGUGGGACAGGCCAAUGCCUUACUCUCGGCUUUUCCAUCAGGCCUUAUCUAGGAGUUGGUUUCUCAUAAUCUGAACCUGAAUGCCAGCAUAUACAUGGGGGCAUUGAUCAGUGGGGACAUUGGAACUAAUAUGGUACACAGCUAUGAACAAAUCAUAGCAUCAUAUCAUAGAUUUUUAGAAAUGGAAGGGACCUCCAAAGUCAUCGAGUCUGACCCCCCCUUUUUUUUUUUACAGAGGAGGAAACUAGGCACAAAGAGGGGACAUGAUUUGCUGGGACCACACAGCUAUUAAGUGUCUAAAUAGGAUUUGAACCUAAAUCUCCUUGACUCCAAGUCUGUUCCACCACACUGCCUCCCUUCAUCGACCAGACAAUAGGGUCGUACAGGAAACGUGUUUUCUUGACCACACAACUCAACCGAAGAGUUCUAGGGCCCUGAAACUUAAUGCCAGAAGACAGGGCCCUUAAUACCCUCAUCACAACACAGCAGAAGACAGAUCUUAUGCAAUAAAUCACAAAGUAGGAAAAUCCCAAUUGAGGCAGCAGGCCCAGCUACAAUCUGAUCCACAUAUACAGUGGAAGCCUGGGCUAUAUGCCUCCUCUCUGCCCUUCCCCCACAAUUCUCACCCGUGAAUUUUCCAUCAGACCCUAAGCUGCCCAUUCCAAGGCAACCCAAGUAACUGGAAAUAGUCAGUCCUAACAGCCCCAUCCACUAUUUACACAGUAUGUUUGUCCUCUGGCCCAUUUCAAAAAGCUAUUUACCCAAGUCUUGCCUACUUUGACCCAAAGUGAGGUUAUCCCCAGGGAGCAGGAGCGCAUCAGAGUAACCCAGCCUGCUGCCAUCACUAAGCAAAUUUGUCGUCUGCUGCGCUCUUUUCAGGUACAAAAGGGACUGUUGGUACCCCCACUCUUGUUCCAGAGAGUGUUAUUUUCUUAUGUGCAUGCACAAGAUAGAAGACUAUGUUCAUAUAAUUUAACAUCUAUGUGGGGUAGGAUUUUUUUUUACCUAUUUGUAUGCAGUAGAAGGCUUGUAGAGAACUCUCCUCUGUAUCUUACUGUACUGUUCAAGAAAGAAGUUGAAUUUUCCAUUGCCAACAGACUCGUGAAAUGUUCAUGAACCUUCCUCAGAAAACAAAACAAAGAAAAGCCAUUCAAGCCUGAUUAUUUUUCUA